UAAAGAACUUCAUCGUUUAAAUAAUAAUUAUUCUGAUUAUUCAAAAUAUCUUCAAUGGACACAAUUAUAUGAUAUUUCAGGUCGUUAUAGACCAAUAUCAAUGAUUGAUAUGCAUUCAACACUUUGUUUUCUUGGUCAUUAUCAAUAUUUAUAUUCUAUCAAAGAAAAAAAUCAACAAAUUUUAUAUUUAAUGAAUAUUAUAGGAAAAAUAUUUAAUAUAACAAAUAUGCGUUUACCAAAUUUUAAUUGGACAACAGCUAAAACGAAUUUAAUACGUAUUAGUCAAUUUUAUAAUACAAAUGUAAAUUGUUGGGAUAAGAAUUAUCCAUCGAUAUUUAAACAAAUUUAUAAUUAUUUAUUUACGUGGUGGAAAUUGUUUUAA